AAGCUAGAACCGUCACUGUGUUUAGGGAUAUGUAUAUAUGUAUUACCAAUCAUGUGUUUAGGAAUAGGGGCUGUCAAUAGUGGGCUUAGCGCACAGGGUAGGUUAAAGUUCACAGCGCGCAUACGGAGAGUUGAGGUUUGUUGCAGUCUAAAAUCUAUCCAUUCCAGAGCAGGAUAGAUACAUCGCUGGCCCAGUUCAAUAUAUUCUUUCGCUGUGGAUUCUGGGAGUUGAAGACACUGUCCAAGCUUGUUGAAGCCUUCCGAGUGUUGACAGAAGACACACUGCUGUUCCCCGUUUCUGUAAGUAAUGAACCUCUUUUGGUUAACAAUAACAUUUACAUCGUUGAGCCAGAUGCUUCCGAUAUGUCACAGUUAUCCUAUACGUUGCUAUUUUGUUUUUAUCUUGCAAAGUACGGCGAAAUUGUAGGCUAUUUAUGGCUAUGAGGGCUAACUGGAAAUAUGACGUUAGGAUUUGCAACUCAAACGCGCGACGUGAGCAAGCGAAUGUCCUUGGGUUCGUGUGUGUGUGCGCCAUUCUCCCAUAAACGCCAUUUAAUUCCAUUUUGUAAACAUUCUCCAGGCCUACAUGUGGACGAGAUCAAAUGGAUCGUUUACACCAGGAAAUGGUUCUCUUGACAGACUCCGCAACAACAACAAAAAUAACUCUUAAAUCGCGGUCUUGUGCACCUGGAUGUCUCUGACUUUCUGACAGAUGUUGCUGUGUUCAUUUCUCAGGCAAUUGGAGUGCAUUUACGUCUCAAUCUGAACCUCACACGGGUAGCGACACCAUGUCCAGCCGAGGAGGGAAAAAGAAGGUCACCAAGAUGUCCAGGUCGACGAAGGCCGGAGUCAUCUUCCCCGUGGGGCGAAUGCUGCGCUACAUCAAGAAGGGUCUGCCCAAGUACAGGGUCGGUGUGGGUGCCCCAGUCUACAUGGCUGCUGUUCUGGAGUACCUCACUGCUGAAAUCCUGGAGCUGGCGGGCAACGCAGCCAGAGACAAUAAGAAAGGACGUGUCACACCACGACACAUCCUUCUAGCCAUCGCCAACGACGAGGAGCUCAACCAGCUGCUGAAAGGUGUGACCAUCGCAGCCGGAGGAGUCUUACCUAACAUCCACCCCGAGCUGCUAGCUAAGAAGAGGGGGUCAAAGGGCAAGCUGGAGGCUGUCAUCACGCCUCCUCCCGCCAUCAAGAAAUCCAAGAUGUCUGCCUCCAAGAAAUCAGCCAAAAAGGCAGCUGCAGGGAAAAGAGCCAAAGCUAAGAAACAGGGGGAGGUGAGCAAAGCUGUCUCGGCAGACAGCACCACGGAAGGAACACCUACGGAUGGAUUCACUGUCCUCUCCACCAAGAGUCUUUUCCUGGGUCAGAAGUUGCAAGUUGUGCAAGCCGACAUUUCCACCAUUGACAGCGAGGCUGUUGUUCACCCGACCAAUUCCACCCUCUACACUGGUGGUGAAGUAGGUGGUGCUCUGGAAAAGAAGGGAGGGGAGGAGUUUGUGGAUGCCAUGUUGGAGUUACGGAAGAAGAACGGUCCCCUGGAAGUGGCUGGAGCGGUGCUGUCCUCUGGCUAUGGGCUUCCUGCCAAGUUCGUGAUCCACUGCAACAGUCCAGGCUGGGGUUCGGAGAAGUGUGAGGAGCUGCUGGACCAGACCGUUGAGAACUGCCUGGUCCUGGCCGACGAGAAGAAGCUCAAGUCUGUGGCCUUCCCUUCCAUUGGCAGUGGAAGGAAUGGCUUCCCGAAGCAGACGGCUGCCCAGCUCAUUCUAAAAGCCAUCUCCAGCUACUUUGUUGCCACCAUGUCUUCUUCCAUCAAGACGGUCUACUUCGUGCUGUUCGACAGCGAGAGCAUAGGGAUCUAUGUGCAGGAGAUGGCCAAGCUUGACUCAAACUAAGCCCCCCCCCCCCCCCACCCAAUUGCAUUACUACAGGCUUGUUUAGAAUUUUAUUUAGAGAGAAAAAUGAAAGAUGUUUACCGGUGAUUUUUGUAUAAAAAAAAAGAAGAAAAAACACAAAACUUUAUUGAGAGGAAGUGAUUUACGUUCUGUUUUAUUUGUUGAGAUGAAUCGUUGGAGUUCAGAUAGUAAUGUGUCCCUGGUGGUGUCAGACUUGGGUCCCAGCUCAGAAGGGUGAAGAGUUCAGAUAGUAAUGUGUCCCUGGUGGUGUCAGACUUGGGUCCCAGCUCAGAAGGGUGAAGAGUUCAGAUAGUAAUGUGUCCCUGGUGGUGUCAGACUUGGGUCCCAGCUCAGAAGGGUGAAGAGUUCAGAUAGUAAUGUGUCCCUGGUGGUGUCAGACUUGGGUCCCAGCUCAGAAGGGUGAAGAGUUCAGAUAGUAAUGUGUCCCUGGUGGUGUCAGACUUGGGUCCCAGCUCAGAAGGGUGAAGAGUUCAGAUAGUAAUGUGUCCCUGGUGGUGUCAGACUUGGGUCCCAGCUCAGAAGGGUGAAGAGUUCAGAUAGUAAUGUGUCCCUGGUGGUGUCAGACUUGGGUCCCAGCUCAGAAGGGUGAAGAGUUCAGAUAGUAAUGUGUCCCUGGUGGUGUCAGACUUGGGUCCCAGCUCAGAAGGGUGAAGAGUUCAGAUAGUAAUGUGUCCCUGGUGGUGUCAGACUUGGGUCCCAGCUCAGAAGGGUGAAGAGUUCAGAUAGUAAUGUGUCCCUGGUGGUGUCAGACUUGGGUCCCAGCUCAGAAGGGUGAAGAGUUCAGAUAGUAAUGUGUCCCUGGUGGUGUCAGACUUGGGUCCCAGCUCAGAAGGGUGAAGAGUUCAGAUAGUAAUGUGUCCCUGGUGGUGUCAGACUUGGGUCCCAGCUCAGAAGGGUGAAGAGUUCAGAUAGUAAUGUGUCCCUGGUGGUGUCAGACUUGGGUCCCAGCUCAGAAGGGUGAAACGUUCUGAAUGUGGUCUUCUUCUCUUCUCUUCUCUUCUCUCUGAUUCCCUAAUUGUACGUGACACAGUCUCUGUUCUGUUGUGUUUCCGCUGAGCAAGGCCCUGGUCGAAUGUUGCACCCCGCUGAGCAAGGCCCUGGUCGAAUGUUGCACCCCGCUGAGCAAGGCCCUGGUCGAAUGUUGCACCCCGCUGAGCAAGGCCCUGGUCGAAUGUUGCACCCCGCUGAGCAAGGCCCUGGUCCAAUCAGGAGGGUGGUACUUAAGUUCCUUGUGCUAAAACUGAAAUGGUUGCAUUCCAAGUGUUGCAGUACUGUGUUUUUUUUGUGAGAUUUGUCUCAAUUUGUCUUUUAUUUUAUUGUAACAUAACCUUUAUGUUUCCGAUGUAUUAUCAGUGAUGUACUAGAUGGAGUGAAAUGUUUUCGUAAAAUAUUAGACAGUGACGAGGUUUUCCUUCUUUUUUUUUUUCCUUAAAAAAUAAAAACAGGUUUGUUUUGAUUUUUAUUUUCACUUUGCCAACUCUAAAAGAAACAUAUUGGAAAAGAAAAGGGAUUUGUGGUUUUAUUCAGUUAUAAAGCUAUUUUGUUUUGAGGAGUUGAAAGAAGUUGUACAGACUUUUGCUCACAGGCAAUUAGUCCCCUUUCUGCUCACAGGCAAUUAGUCCCCUUUCUGCUUAUAGGCAAUUAGUCCCCUCUCUGCUUAUAGGCAAUUAGUCCCCUUUCUGCUUAUAGGCAAUUAGUCCCCUCUCUGCUCACAGGGAAUUAGUCCCCUUUCUGCUCAUAGGCAAUUAGUCCCCUUUCUGCUUAUAGGCAAUUAGUCCCCUUUCUGCUUAUAGGCAAUUAGUCCCCUCUCUGCUUAUAGGCAAUUAGUCCCCUCUCUGCUCACAGGGAAUUAGUCCCCUCUGCUCACAGGCAAUUAGUGCCCUCUCUGCUUAUAGGCAAUUAGUCCUCCCUGCUCACAGGCAAUUAGUCCCCUCUCACCAGUAGAUGGCUCCCUAUCGUCAGGAGUGAGGUCUUUCACUGAGCCAUUUUGUGCUGGAAAGACCUCUUUUUCAUUACGAUGUCUAAAAUGAAGUGUCUGAUGGGUGGAUCAGAACGGAUGUUGCACUAGCUAAUUGCUGUAAGCACUGUGUUUUGGAGUUUUCCAUAUCUUUCUAAUGAUGACUUGAAGAAGUCUUAAUAUUGUUAAACAUGAGAAUACAGCACUAUCCAAUAAAGCAUAUUGAAAACA